AUGCAUCGCAGCUACCCGAACUUUUCUUUCACCGUGGAAAGCGAGUGCCAAGAGGGAACAAAGGCAAGAACGGGGACUGUGAGCACACCACACGGACUUGUUCAGACCCCGGCGUUCAUCUUCUGCGCGACGAAGGCGGCAAUCAAGGGGCUCUCCGCUGAGACUAUGAAGGAAUGCGGCAGCCAGAUAAUCUUGAGCAACACCUACCACCUCCUCGUCCAGCCCGGGGGCGAGAUGAUCGAAAAGAUGGGGGGCCUGCAGAAGGCAACCCGCUGGGAGGGACCUAUGCUUACCGACUCCGGGGGGUACCAGAUCUUCAGCAUGGGGCACGGGUCCGUGGGAAAUGAGAUCAAGGGCCGGCGCGGCGCGGAAGGAGGCGCGGAGUUUGCGCCUUCUCUGGUCAGCAUUUCCGAAAAGGGUGCGCGAUUCAAGAGCUACUACGACUGCUCCAUCAAGUCUCUCACCCCUGAGCGGUCUAUCGAGAUUCAGAGGCAACUGGGGGCCGACCUUGUGGUGGUAUUAGACGAGUGCACCCCGUUCCACGUGGACAAGGACUACACCAAGUCCUCCAUGCACCGCACGCACCGGUGGGCGAUGCGCAGCCUGAGGGAGUUCAUCGACGGGGACGAUGGCACUCAAGCGCUGUACGGCAUCAUCCAGGGGGGCGUGUACCCGGACCUCAGGAACGAAGCGGUGGAGUUCGUCAACAAGGCGCCCUUCUUCGGAAUCGCCGUCGGGGGUAGUCUUGGAGCUGACAAGGCGACAAUGCACCAAGUGGUGUCUCACACCAUGGCGAACGUGCGACGCGACCGUCCGGUUCACCUUUUGGGGAUUGGCGGAAUCGCCGAUAUCUUCCACGGGGUCCGGCAAGGAGUAGACACGUUUGACUGCGUGCACCCUACGAGGCUCGGCCGUCACGGCGGCGCGCUAGUCAAGGCCAGCUUCUGGACCCGCGAGCAGGAGCUGGAAGAAGAGCGGGCCAAUCAGGACGCAGCAGCAGAAGCAGCAGCAGCAGCAACAGCGGAAGAGGAGGCCUCUAUCGGCGGGGACACGAUGGCCGCUGGGGUAGGGGCGAGCAAGAGGAAGAAGAGGAGGAGGAGCGGUGACGUCCGUAAGAAGCGACACCCCGUCGUGCCCAGGGAACACGUGAACCUUCUCAAGGGGCGGUACCGGGAAGAUCACCGGGUGAUAGAUGAGGAUUGCGGCUGUCCCACCUGCCGGGGGGGCUACACCCGGGCCUACAUCAACCACCUGGGUAGGGCCGGCGAGCUCCUCGGCGGCAUGCUGGUCUCCCAGCACAACGUCUUCUUCAUGAACGAACUCAUGACGUCGAUUCGGACGGCCAUUGCCGAGGGCAGGCUGGCUGAGGAAGAGGACAAGUGGCUCGCGCCGGGGCUAAGGGCUAGGGAUUUCCACAAGAGAGCGGCGGCAGAGGCGGCGGCGGCAGAGGCGGUGAAAGCGGCUGCAGGAGAGGAAAGCGGGGAAUCCCAUCACUGA